AUGGGUUGUGCAGCUAGCACUCCAAUUGAAGAAGAUCAUGAUCCUUUAUUACAAAGUAAAAAAGCCAAUGCAGCUAUUGAAAAAAGAUUACAAAUGGAAAGACAACGAGAAAAAAAUGAAGUUAAAUUGUUAUUAUUAGGUGCUGGUGAAUCAGGUAAAUCAACAGUUUUAAAACAAAUGAAAGUUUUACAUCAAAAUGGAUUCACACAUCAAGAACGUCAACAAUAUGCUCAAGUUAUUUGGGCAGAUGCUAUACAAAGUAUGAGGAUUCUUAUAUUACAAGCAAGAAAAAUGGGUAUACCAUUAGAUAGUGAUCAACCAAAUUCAAAACUUUCAACAUUUAAACAAGCCAUCUUAAGAGCAAAAGUCUUGGAUCAUAUAGAUACAAGUGUUGCAGGUGGUAGUAAUUUCCUUAAUGAUUAUGUUUUGAAAUAUAGUGAAAGAAGUGAAGCUAAAAGAAGAGUACAAAGUACAGGACGUACAGGAUCUGUUUGGGAUGCAACAGAGGAAAAUAAUAAUAAUAAUGAUAUCAAUAAUACCAAUAAUAAUAAUGAAAAUAUUCAUAAUGAUAAAUUAAAUCAAUUACAAGAAAUUAAUCAAGGAUUAAAUGAUAAUUCUAUAGGACCUGGAGUAAGUGCAAUUACAAUUGGAAGUCAAACAGAAGUAACGAGAGAUCUUAUUGCUACAAGUAUUUCUAAUUUAUGGAAAUAUGAUCAAGGUAUACAACAAUGUUUCCUUAGAGCUAAUGAAUUUCAAUUAGAAGGUAGUGCAUCAUAUUAUUUUGAAAAUAUUUCAAAUUUUGCAGAUCCAAAUUAUAUAUGUACAAAUGAAGAUAUUUUAAAAGGUAGAAUUAAAACUACAGGUAUUACAGAAACAAAUUUUAAUAUUGGUUCAUCAAAAUUUAAAGUUUUAGAUGCAGGUGGUCAAAGAUCUGAAAGAAGAAAAUGGAUUCAUUGUUUCCAAGAUAUAACUGCAGUUUUAUUUGUUUUAGCAGUAUCAGAAUAUGAUCAAAUGUUAUUUGAAGAUGAAAGAGUUAAUCGUAUGCAUGAAGCUAUAAUGUUAUUUGAUUCAUUAUGUAAUAGUAAAUGGUUUAUUAAUACACCAUUUAUAUUAUUUUUAAAUAAGAUUGAUUUAUUUGAAAAUAAAAUUAAAAGAUCUCCAAUAAAGAAAUAUUUCCCAGAUUAUCAAGGGAAAUUAGGUGAUUCAAAUGCAGGAGUUAAAUAUUUUGAAGAUAUUUUCUUAAGAUUAAAUAGAACAAAUAAACCAAUUUAUGUUCAUAGAACAUGUGCAACAGAUUCUCAAAGUAUGAAAUUUGUUUUAACAGCAGUUACUGAUAUGAUUGUACAAAGUAAUUUGAAAAAUAGUGGGUUAAUAUGA